UGUAGAAUGAAUAAAACCUAAUGGGUCAUGAUCACCUUUUUUUUUUUGUAUUUCUUGGGAUUUACACAAAACCAAGUAUAGUGUUAAAACUGAAUAAAAAGUUGUAGGAAUCCGAGGACCAUAAUUUGAGGGAGUAUUUGGUAUUUUAGUCCAAAUAGAGCAUAAAAGAGCCAUGUGUGACUAUUGAUCAAUAACAAACACGUCAGUGAUCAAUGAUUCGAGAGCUCAUCUUCUCUUUAUAAUAAUAAGAUUCAGAGAUAGUUGCUGCAGCUUGAUACUUGAUAUUCAAAGGAGGAAUUAAAAGAAGCAAUUAACUAAGCAUGGUGUCAAGAGAGCACAAGAAAGCCACACUGCAUGAGAAGCUGCAACUUCUUCGUUCUAUCACAAACUCUCAUGCAAAGAACGAUUCAUCGAUCAUACUAGAUGCAUCCAAGUACAUCGAAGAGCUCAAACACAAAGUACAAAUACUAAAUCAAGAUAUAGCAAGCGGACAAAGCUCAAGCUGCCAGAAUUCAUGGCCCGUGGUAACAGUUGAAUCUGUAGAAAAGGGUAUACGAGUAAAUCUCUACUCAGAAAGAAGCUGCCCAGGUCUACUGGUCUUUGUUUUGAAAGUUUUUGAAGAAUUGAGUCUUAAUGUAUUGGAAGCUAGGGUUUCUUGUACAGGCAGUUUUCACCUAGAAGCACUUGGAGAUGAGAGUGACGAAAACGGUGAAAUCAUAGACGCCCAAAUGGUGAAACAUGCAAUCUCAAAUUCCAUUGAAAACUGGACCCAAAACAACCAUCAUCAAGGGCAAGGCUGCUAAAUCAUGCAUCCGGUUUGCUCUAGUUUCAUCAAUCUUGUUCAUUUUUGUAGCUAGCUAUGCUUGAAUUAAUUCCUCUAUGUUCAUAAACAGGUGUAUCUUAAAUCCAUCGUAUGUUUCAAAACAAUGUUUUAUCAUAUAAACAAAAAGUGAUAACAUGAUUCUGUUGUUAUAUAAUAACUAAAUACGUAUAAUAUAUAGUAAUAGUAUGACAAUUAAUUAAUUGUAGCUCAAAUAUCACUUCUUCUGUUUUUGAUUUCCAAAAAGGAAGCCCUCGUUAUCUGAACAGUCAGAUGUGGGUUCUUGAGUGCAAACACAUCAAAUCUAGCUGCAAAAACUAUAUCCUCCAUGUUCUUAACAACAAAACUCAAUGCAGUCUCCUUAAGGUUGCGAUUACAAGUAGUAUCUGAAAUCUCAAGAAUGUCAAGUGCGUUAUUCGUGUUAAGGAUUUCAAGCAUUCGGUUCUCACAAAAUUUUUGUAAGAAUGGGAUUUCAUAUUUGUCAGCUGCUAUUGAUAAUGAAUACAGAUGUUUUUCGAGCUUUUCUUUGGCCAAAUCACCACUAUAAAGGAAUUCCAGUAAAGAUUCGAUUUCUUCAUGGUUUAGUUCAGGGAGGGUAAUAGUGUCAUUUGGUGCAGCUUUGCAUCCAUCAGAGUCUAACAUGUUUCUAAAUAUGUUCGACCUCGUUGCCUG